AUGUCUCACCAGAAGAACGAGAAGGAAGUCGGUGACGCUCCCAAGAGCCACCGCAUCCGAAUCACCCUGACCAGCCGAAAGGUCCAGUCUCUCGAGAAGGUCAGCGCUGAGCUCAUUGAGCGUGCCCGCAGCAAGGGUCUCACCAUCAAGGGACCCGUCCGCCUGCCCACCAAGAACCUCAAGAUCACCACCCGCAAGACCCCUUGUGGUGAGGGUUCCAAGACCUGGGAUUCCUACGAGCUCCGCGUCCACAAGCGCCUUAUCGACCUCCACGCCCCCACCGAGGUUGUCAAGUCCGUCAUCGUCAACAUCGAGGCCGGUGUCGAGGUUGAGGUCACCAUCGCUGCUUAA